CCCGCACGCUGGCGACAAGGUACUUAAGGCAGCGUUUCGUCAGGUGGCUCCUCAGUGGAAGGGCACGAGAGGCGGAGUAGAAGCCCCACCGCUCUUCGUGGAGAAGGUUUUUCGACCCUCUGUCCACCGAGGAUACCCUGCCCGAGCCGGGGGUGGUGCCAUCGCGCGACCGUGACGUCAAAGUUGGGCCGGAGCGCGAUUGGCCUGCAGACAUGUGGAGCGCUCUGGCACAGGCGCGGAUGAUUGGGCGGGCAGCCCGGGGAGCCUGGACCGUGGGGCAGCGGCAGUGGGAGGCGUGUGCGACGGAGCGGCAGCCCGUGGAUUGUCCUGGCCUCAGGAAUCUAGGACAGAUCAGACAUUUAGUAACGAUGCCUGAAAUCAACACUGACAAUCUCGAUAAGCAACAGGUUCAGCUCCUGGCAGAGAUGUGUAUUCUUAUUGAUGAAAAUGACAAUAAAAUUGGAGCUGAGACCAAAAAGAAUUGUCACCUGAAUGAAAACAUCAAGAAAGGAUUAUUGCAUCGAGCUUUUAGUGUCUUCUUAUUCAACACUGAAAAUAAGCUCCUGCUACAACAGAGAUCAGAUGCUAAAAUUACUUUUCCAGGUUGUUUUACCAAUACUUGUUGUAGUCAUCCCCUAAGUAACCCAGGAGAGCUUGAAGAAAAUGAUGCGAUUGGAGUAAGGCGAGCAGCACAGAGGCGUUUACAGGCUGAAUUGGGAAUUCCCAUGGAACAGGUUCCUCCAGAAGAAAUUAAUUAUCUGACUCGAAUUCAUUACAAGGCUCAGUCUGAUAGUAUCUGGGGAGAACAUGAAAUAGAUUACAUUUUGUUUGUGAGGAAAAACGUGACUUUGAAUCCAGACCCCAAUGAAAUUAAAAGCUAUAUGUACGUGUCAAAGGAAGAAGUGGAAGAAAUGUUGAAAAAGGCAACCAGGGGUGAAAUUAAGAUAACUCCAUGGUUUCAAAUUAUUGCAGAGACUUUUCUGUUUAAGUGGUGGGAUAACUUAAGUCACUUGCAUCAGUUUGUUGACCAUGACAAAAUACACAGAAUGUGAAUGUGUAGAUGACUGAUUAGUAAAGUACUAAAAAAUUUCUUUACUUAAUAAGCUUAAAAUGACUUUUUAAAAAUUUGGUUCUGCAUUAAAACUCUCACUGGAUACAUUGAUAUUUUACAGCCAGAAUUUAUGUAGAAAAGACAACUAACUUAAUUUUGUAUCACACACACAACAUAUAUGCCCUGCUAGUUGUGAAGGACACUUAUGAGAGAUUAUUUUUUAAACUUGAUUUAACCUACCUAAAUACGUAGUUCUGAUAAAUUUGAACAAAUAAGUGAAGCUCUUCAUUUUCGAUCUGUUGAGUUAAACAGUUCCAGAAUAUUUGUAGAGCACUUUAUUUUCCAGGUGCUUUACGUAUCGUUAAGUUUUUAUUAUAGUUCAGAAAAACAUGCGAUAGAAACUGUUUGCUUAGCUACUUCAAAACAUCUCAAAUUAAUUUUCCAUUUUAAGAUAUUAAACUAGGGGAAGUGGGUCCAAGGUAAUUAAAUGCUGUAUGUCCUGACUUCUCUCAAAAGUCUGUGUUCUCAGAAUUGCAAGGGACAGACAGGCUAUUUGUAAAAUGGAAAUUGGGUCAUACCUAGCACAGGAUUUUUUACCACUGGUUUUUGUUGAAUAAUUUGUUGUGGAGGUUCAUCCUAUGCAUUAAAGGACAUUUAGCAGCAUCCCUGGGUUCUACCCACUAAAUACCAUUGGUACCCAUCCUUCCCCCCAUCACAGUCACAAUGUCUGCAGAUGGUGUCUGUGUGCUGGCGGGCCAAGGUGCUCCCACUGAGAACCACUGGUCCACAACAUUGUGCUGUAUUGGGUGAAGGGGACGGGAGAUUAUCAGAAAGGUUAAUAUUUGUGUUAAAUGGAAUUGGGGCAUGGAAUAUGUGUAUAUUAAUGUUUAAACUGUACCUUAGAUUAAUGAACUUUUUAAAACUCUUAUAUAGAUUUCUCAGGUUUGAAACCUCAAGAUUUAUUAUCCUUGAAUGCUAUGUAAUAAUAAUGAAAAAGAUAAAAAUUUGUUUCUUACCAGCUAAAUGUUUUAUUAUAAGUUCAAUAGAAGAAUCUAUUUCUGCUUAACUGAACAGUUAAUUCAUAAUUUCAGGGAAGAUUGUCAUAAGUAGUAAUCUCAUUGAAAAGUAAAUAUAUUUUAAAAAUGA